AUGUCCACCGCCGUCAUGUCCGAGGAUCAGAUCGCGGAGGAAUGGUCGAAGGUCACGACCGCGCCCGUCUCCGACGAGGCCAAGCGCUCGCUCGCGCUGCUUCAAAAGAAGCUGAACGAGGCGCGCGACGCCGGAGCCGCCCAGGGAAAGUCCUUAAGGAACGGCGUUCACAUCGCGAACGGGGUCGUAUGGGAAGCAGUCUCACCCACGAGCUCGUCCUUCGAGAUCGAUCGAACGCUCACCGACCCUCUCCUUUCAUCCUCCCCGCAGACGUCGUCCAAGCCGGUCGAUUGGGCCGGACUGAAGGCGAAGUCCCCCCAUCCCGACAUCGUGGACCAGUACGAAGCCGUCCACGCGUCCCACGCGUUCAAGUCGUGGGAUGGCGUGUGGGAGGGCAAGGACGUUGUCAAAGAGAGCGCCGCGGAGUUUGCGAAGUUUGCCGCGGAGGCGCGCGCCGUCGCGGACAACGCGACGAAAGAGCUGGAGAGCAUCAACCAGAAACUCGCGGAGCUCGAGGCGCAGCAGGAGAAGCUCAGCACGAUCACCCUGGAGGAGGUGUUCAAGGAGGAUCCGAAGCUCAUGGAGGAGACGCACGCGCGCGUGAGGAAGGGCGAGUGGUACGCCGAUUGA